UAGCGCACGGGGCGGAGAGCUAGGAAGCGGUUGAUAGCCAUGCACUGUGAAGUAUGUUGAAAGAGACGGUUAAAUAAAAAGUCAUAGAAACCCAGCUACAGCGACUGACUUGGCUUACUUUAAGAUAAGCAAGACAACACAUGGUGUUAGAAGUGAGCAGCAAGAUUAAAGAGAAAAAGUCUUGUGAGUGAAAACAUGCCGAGGAGCAACAGGGUGAUAGCGAGUGCUACAUCGAGUGAUGGCUACGAGCAGCAGUGACAGUGAAGCAGGAGCCGAGGGAGAAUUUGAACAAACAGAAGAGGAUUUUGUUUCUGAUUUGGUGAACAACGCACAGCAGCAGGGGACUGUGGAUGCCCAAAUACCCCGACUCGCCAUGGAUAAGCUAAGUCCGCCCACUUCCAUGCAAUUGACAGGCAAUCUUGCUGAUAACUGGAAACGUCUCAAGCAAAGAUUUAACAUAUUUGGCAGCAAGUGGAGCAGGGAACGGUGAUGAAAAACUUAAGGCUAAUAUGAUCCUAUUGCAUGUUAUUGGAGAAGAUGCUUUGGAUAUAUUUAACAGCUUUCAGCUGGAUGAAGCUAACCUGACUCUGGCAGAAUUAAUGACAAAAUUUGAACAGUACUUUGUACCCACUAAGGAAAGGUACAAGUUUUUCACCCAUGACCAAAAGCAAGGAAUACCUUUUGAUCAAUAAUUAGCAGAGCUUCGCACAUUAAGCAAAACAUGUGAAUUUGGAACUCUGAAUGGAACUUCUGCAAUACAGAAAGAAAUAAAGAAAGAAAAAUAAAACAUAUACUAAACAAGAGGUGAAACAUGCAGGUUUUAAAUGUGGCAAAUGUGGAAACAGCCACAAGCCAAGAUCAUGCCCUGCAUAUGGAAAAUCUUGCAAUAACUGUGGGAAAUGCAACCAUUAUGCUAAAUGUUGUAAAGCUCCCACAAGACAAAAAGUCCACACAGUUGAUGAGGGAGAACAGGAAGACGAGUUCAUUGUGGACAUGGUGCAUGUAGGCACAGCAGAAAAAGAAGAAUGGAUAGUGCCACUUGAAGUGAAUGAGACAAUAAUUCCAUUCAAGAUUGAUACGGGUGCACAAAUAAAUCUGUUAUCUAUAGAGGAUUACAAAACACUGACCGUGAAGAGCAAAAUUAAUCCAAUAAAAACAAAGGUGACUGGCUACACAGGCGAACGCGUUCCUGUAAAAGGAGGCUGCAUUGCAACAUUCAAACAUAAAAACCAGAGGAUACGAGCACAACUGCUUGUCGUGGAUAAGAAUGUGCAACCGAUUCUAGGACUAAGCACGUCUGUAUAGCUGAAUCUAGUUAAAAGAGUGUUUGUUGUGUGUUUGUUGUCACCAGAAGUGACAAAUGAUAAUGACUCGCUCAUGAAAGAGUACAAGGAUUGCUUUGAAGGACUAGGAUGUUUACCUCGAGAGCAUAGAAUAUGCGUGGAUAAAAGUGUCCCUCCUGUCGUGCAUCCAUGUAGGAAAGUUCCCUUUGCGCUGCGAGAAAAACUGAAAGACGAGCUAGCACGCAUGGAAAAACUUGAGGUCAUCAAAAAGAUAGAUGAACCAACUGAAUGGUGAAUAUACCAAUGCUGCUAUCUAACAUGCCUUUCCCUGUUUUGCGCUCCAUGAUGUCAAAGAAUAUCUCCAAAUCGGAGCACGGAGCCCUGUUUGCCUGCUUUUCAUUUCUGGAGAUAUUAACCAUUAAUGUGUCUUUUGGAGUCUUCAACAGCAUUUAUGCUGCCACUGUGGCCUGGUACCCUGGAUUUGUCUUCAGCCUAUCUGCAGGGCUCUGUUUUAUUCCCUUAUCUGCCCUUGGGGUGGUUGCUCUGAUUGGAACAGAUGUUUCCACUGAGAUCGGAAGACCAGAGACUUUCACCUCAGGAGAGGCAACGAAUGCAGAGGAAGAUCAGGAAGACAGGCCGCUGCUUAGCUGAGGGUUUGGACAACAUGCAUAAAAACAAAAACCCCUACAUAUUUUCCUGUACAUUCAGAUAUAUUUAUAAAAUUGAGAAAAUAUGCACUUAUUUAGACCUCGAAAGUACCGGUGAUGCACAGUGUUGUAUUUCUGACCAAAAUGCUUUAAUUUCCUGUUUCUAUUUUCACUUCUGUGGCUGAUCUCGAAUUUACAAUUUUAAAUUCAGCUUUUGAUAUCGUUUUUAAGUUCGUGGUGUUAAAAAGACUUUCGGAAGCCCUUUUUGCAUCACAGACACAGAUUGAAGUGAAGUAUUUCUAGUAUACAUACUUUUUGAAGCAAUAAACCCCAAAAAGGAGAAUGUAAAGUUAAUACCAAAAGGGAAAAAAAGCAACAGAAAUGUCUAGAAGGAUUUUUAAAGGUUUUUUUUUUUAUGUUUGAAUUUGUGUCUUUGAAUUUUUGUCAAGAGGUGGUUGACAAUUUUUUUUUAUUAGUUGAACACAAUCUGACUGGCUGUGAGUACCGUAAUCAUAUCUCUUUUCAUGGCUUUAAUAGCGUUUUAAAUGCAAUUUGGUGGUUGUUUACCAUAGUUUUACUUUUUUGGGAUGGUGUGAUGCUUUGUUUUGUUGUCUGGUUAAAGAAAUAGGUCUAAACUUAAGUAUGAUUUUUUUAAAAUCAUGAAUAAAAUUGUAAUAAUCUGGGUUUCUAGUCAGUGGUUCUGUAGCUAUAAUAUAAUUAUAUCUUUUUCACUUAAAAGAUCAAAAUAAUUUGCUCUCAGGCAUUUGAGUGCACAGAUUUUCUGGCAGUUUUUCUGAUAAUCCUUACUAAAUGUGGACAAAAAUAUUAUUUGUGCACACAGCUUUACAAAACAUUUCUUCUGCAUCUUGUUGAACUCUAUGUUUCUGCUUUAGUUUGCACAUUUGCGCUCUUUCUUCUGCUAAGUGGAAUAUGGUGAUAAUUGUAACUUUUUCUGCCCUUUUCCUAUUUUCAUUUUGAAAUGUCAUUAUGACAUUUUUGAAUCUUUUGAUUUGAGGAAUAUUUGUCCACUAAUUCUGUCUUUAAACUUUUUACUCUAUGCAACUUGCAUACGAAAUGAUAUAGAAAUCAGAAAAUGUUGUUUUGAUUGAACUUCUCUGCACUUUAUGCACAAUAGUUCACCUAUUGUGGAGAAUAAUUUUUGUUAUUCAAUAGUUACAAACAUUGUUUGCAUUAUUCAUAUGAACGUAAAAGAAAAGAAAACAAGGGAUUUGUCUUUUUUAAGGGAAACUGUUUGCAGAAAUAUUUUUGCCUCAUUUAAAAAAAUAUUUAUAAUGAAAAAGAUUUGGAGAAAAACGUUACUUGAUUAAAGCUAUGCACCUUUAAAAUGUAGAGAAAAAUUGACCCUACUGCGUUCUUUAUUGAAUUUGAACAUUUAAAAUUAUUAUUUUUUUCCUUUUUACCUGACUGAACCGGAAGGAAUGACCAGUUUGAUUCUCAUCAUAAAACAAACUUGCUGUAUUUGUAAUUAGCAAAUGCGCCAUGUUAAUAAAGUUUUAACAUCUUUUGUUCUAGAUUGAUAACCACACAAAGGGUUCUAAGGUCAAAACGUAAUGUGCUAAAUACAUUUCUAAGAAUCUCUACUUUAAGAAAAAAGUACUUAGAAAAAAGUAAAAGCACAUACAUCCUUCUGAAAAAAAGACAGUGCUUUGUGUUUCAAAGACUUUUAUUUUGUAUUGAGUUGGCUAAAGUAUUUUUACUUUGAAAUAAAUUUGUUCUUUUAUUUUUA